ACCCAGCGCGUCAGCGUCCCCGGAAGUGGGCGGGGCCGCGUCGAUGACGCAGCAGCGCGCACGCGCAGACUCGCACCACCGCGGCUUCCGUAGCGAGGCUUGUCACGUGCGCAUCCGGCUGUCAUGGCGGCCGUACCGAAGCCGGUGCUGCUCGGGCUUCGAGACGCAGCAGUGCGCGGCAGCCCCACGGGGCCGGGCGCCUGGCCUGCUAGCAAGCUGGGCGGCGUCGCGGACGCCCUGCCCGCCGUCGCGGCGCCCGGCCCGGCGUGUGAACGCUGCGGACAGCCGCUCGCCCUGGUCGUGCAGGUGAACUGCCCGCUGGAAGGCUCCCCGUUUCACCGGCUCCUGCACGUGUUCGCGUGUGCCCGUCCCCGGUGCGGCGACGGCGACGGCGGCACGCGCAGCUGGAAGGUGCUGCGCUCCCAGUGCCUGCCGGUGCCCGAGAAGGAGGCGCGGGACGCUCAGAAACAGGGAAAUGGCCUUGCAGCUGAGAACUGGUGUGAAGGUGCAGAUGACUGGGGAGUUGACAGCGAGGAGGCGUCUCCACCCCAGGUUGCCUUGGAUUGUGGAAAUGAUUCUGCCAGUGCCAAGGAUGCAGACUGCGCUGCACAGCUCCAAGACCUCCGUCUGCAGGACACUGUCUCAGAUGCUGCUUGUCCUGCACCUCCUGGGGAAGGGAUGGCCUUCCCUGCUGCGGUGCCAGGGUUCCAGCCCUACUACAUCUGUGCUGUAGAAGAGGAUGAUUACAGAGACACGGCUAGUCUUGAUCAUGCCCACUGCCUGCUGAGGGACUAUGAGCAGAGAGAAGGAGUUCAUAUGGACCACUUGUUUUCCCAAAGUUUUUCUGGUGAUGGUGAUGAAAAAUAUGAGAAGCCCAAAAUUAGAAGUGGAGAUCAAAUGUUUUAUAAAUUCAUGAAGAGAAUUGCUGCUUGUCCAGAGCAGAUUUUGAGGUAUUCCUGGAGUGGAGAGCCACUCUUUUUGACCUGCCCCACACGAGAUAUCGCUGAGGUCCCAGACUGUAGCCAGUGUGGAGGCCAAAGGACGUUUGAGUUUCAGCUUAUGCCAGCACUGGUCAGCAUGCUCAGCGGCGCUCAUUUAGGUCUUUCUGUGGAAUUUGGAACAAUUCUAGUUUACACAUGUGAGAAGAGUUGCUGGCCUCAGAAUCAUCAGACUCCCAUGGAAGAGUUUUGUAUUAUACAAGAAGACCCAGAUGAGUUACUGUUUAAGUAGAGCAUUUCCUUUUAUUUAUACAAAUUAAAACAAAAUUUAA